UUGUAUCUUUCUAUCAGCUUUGUUGGGACUCUCUCCCUUGUUCAUCCACUCACUUGCGCCCAUAUAUAAACAAAACAAAAAAUCUAAAAUUUCUCCGGGAUACCGAUGGGAAGGUCUCUAAUUUUCUCGGGGAACAUGUCAAUGAGAAUCUCUCACAUACCCAGAUCAUCAUCGCUUCCGUUGCAAAACCCAUUUUCAUGCCGGACAGUAACCGGACAUGGGUCAAGUUGGAGGAUAUUAUUGUCUAAUAGCUUGAGCAAGUCCACGACGAGGCUUCAAACAAAAGCUGUUGUCUCUGAAGUUUCUGAUCAGACGCGUUAUCCCAGAAUCGGCGCUAAAUCCACCGGAACUAUAUCGCCGGCACAUCUCCUAGAAGUCGUUGAACUCGCCGCUAAAACCGGCGCCGAGGUUGUCAUGGAAGCUGUGAAUAAGCCUAGGAAUAUCACUUAUAAAGGUCUCACUGACUUGGUAACUGAUACUGAUAAAGCAAGCGAGGCUGCUAUUUUGGAAGUAGUGAAAAAGAAUUUUAGUGAUCAUCUUAUUCUUGGUGAAGAAGGAGGUAUCAUCGGCGAUUCGGCUUCUGAUUACCUCUGGUGCAUUGAUCCUCUAGAUGGAACAACAAAUUUUGCUCAUGGAUAUCCCAGUUUUGCUGUUUCUGUGGGUGUUCUGUAUCGUGGAACUCCCGCUGCUGCUUCUGUGGUAGAGUUUGUAGGUGGUCCAAUGUGUUGGAACACUCGAACCUUUUCUGCAACUGCAGGUGGUGGAGCAUUGUGUAACGGGCAAAAAAUUCAUGUCAGUAAAACUGAUGCUGUGGAGAGAGCACUUCUUAUCACAGGGUUUGGGUAUGAACAUGAUGAUGCAUGGAGUACUAACAUGGAAUUGUUCAAAGAGUUCACUGAUGUGAGUCGGGGAGUGCGGAGACUUGGUGCUGCAGCAGUUGACAUGUGUCACGUGGCACUUGGGAUUGCAGAUUCAUACUGGGAGUACCGUUUAAAGCCAUGGGAUAUGGCAGCUGGUGUUCUUAUAGUUGAGGAAGCUGGAGGAGCUGUGACUCGAAUGGACGGCGGGAAGUUUUCUGUGUUUGAUAGAUCUGUUUUGGUGUCCAAUGGCAUUCUUCACUCUAAGCUUCUGGAGAGAAUCGCCCCCGCAACUGAGAAUUUGAAGUCGAAAGGAAUCGAUUUCUCGCUGUGGUUUAAGCCAGAAGAUUAUCACACGGAACAUUAAGACUUGUUCAAGAAAGUGUACCUUUUUGCUACAAGGCUUUUCUUCAUUUACAUAAUUAUGAUCUAAGGUGUAAAGCUCGUUUAUUAGAACUAAAUCUUCGAAUUUGAGGUAUAACAUUCGUGUUCAGACUAUCAGUCAACAAUGAUCAUAUUCUCUUAAA